GAGGGAAGCAGGAGAGAAAUAGGGAGACCCGAGAAGGGGGCUGGUGGCGCAGGGCCCGCGGGCUGCGCUGGCCCUUUAAGACUGCCGAGUUGUGGGCGGUGCCCAGGUAGAAGGGGCGGUGCCCGGCCCGCCUCCCCUCUUCCUAGUGAGUCUCCAAGGAUUAGCCGGGCCGCGGCUCCGCGCCCUCCCGCCCGCCCUCCUGUCCUGGGAUCAGGCUUGGGGGGAUUUAGAUCGCGCGGUGGGGAGCAGGCCGGCCAUCUCCCAUGAGACUCGGACGUUCCUCCUAGUGCGCAGCCAUUACCCUCCUCCUCCUCCUUCACCUGCAGCCAAUCUCGGGCGGCAACUUCCUGCUACUCACCUGGGCCGCGCUCACCUGCCCGCCGGCGCCUGGGAGGGGGCCCCCAGCGGCUCCCCCGGCCACGAUGAAGGACCGGCUGGAGCAGCUGAAGGCUAAACAGUUAACAGAAGAUGAUGCCGAUGACGAGGUGGAGAUUGCCAUUGACAACACGGCCUUCAUGGAUGAAUUCUUUGCAGAGAUAGAGGAGACUCGGCUCAACAUCGACAAGAUCGCGGAGAACGUAGAAGGAGCUAAGAAACUUUACAGUGUCAUCCUCUCGGCACCAAUUCCAGAACCAAAAACAAAGGAUGACCUAGAACAGCUAACUGGGGAGAUUAAGAAAAUGGCCAACAAUGUCCGGAACAAACUUAAGAACAUGGAGAGGCACAUUGAACAAGAUGAAGUCCGGUCAUCAGCGGAUCUUCGGAUACGGAAAUCCCAGCACUCCGUCCUCUCCCGGAAGUUUGUGGAGGUGAUGACCAAGUAUAACGAAGCCCAGGUGGACUUCCGGGAACGCAGUAAAGGCCGCAUCCAGAGGCAGCUGGAAAUCACCGGCAAGAAAACCACAGAUGAGGAACUGGAAGAGAUGUUGGAGAGCGGGAACCCAGCCAUUUUCACUUCUGGGAUCAUCGACUCUCAGAUCUCUAAGCAAGCACUCAGCGAGAUUGAAGGGCGGCACAAGGACAUCGUCCGGCUGGAGAGCAGCAUCAAGGAGCUCCACGACAUGUUUGUGGAUAUCGCCAUGCUAGUGGAAAACCAGGGAGCCAUGAUUGAUCGCAUUGAGAACAACAUGGACCAGUCGGUGGGCUUCGUGGAGACGGCUGUGGCUGACACCAAAAAGGCCGUGAAAUACCAGAGUGAAGCCCGGAGGUAACUCCUUCCUGCCCCUGACCUCCUUGGCCUGCUGCUGCGUCCCGCUGAUCCUCACCGACCACCUGUGCACUGACCAGCAUCUGCUCCCCUGCCUCUCCCAGCACCUGAUCCCAUCCCACUUGGAUCCUUGCGCCUCUUCCUUUGGACUGGAUGGGAGUUGCCUCUCAAAAGUCUCCAGGAGGGAGCAGGACAUGUGCCUUUGUGUCCCUGUUAGCCCCCCCAUGGGUCUGGUUUGCCAUUUGCCCAGUCCAGGAGCUGUCCAGCCUGUCCUGACCCAACUGUAAAUCUCUUUUUGGAGAUUGAGUGUCCCACUAACCCAUUCUCCAGCUGUGAAGUGCCUCCCAAGCUUACUUUUCUGCAGUUGCAACUUGGGAGCCCCCUUCAGAUGCCUCCCAGGAUGCUGCGUUCUACCUCAUGGAAUACUCUUCUCAGGAACUGCGUUAUUUUUUUUCUUUAUUGCCUAUUUCUUUAACAAAUGUUUAAGAAAACACAAAGCAGAAAUCAAUCUCACUCCGCCGACUGGCAAAGGGAAGGCACAAACCUGGGUCUCCACCCUGGCGUUGUGCUAGCCCUGAUUUUUGUAACACUCCUUAGAGACUGGAAUUAGGAAAGAAAAGAAACUGGUAUGAUAAGACGUGGGGUCUCGAGGAAGCCACCGUCCCUUGACACCCAGCUGUGGGCUGUUUGUCCUCUAGGGCAGCCAAGAGGCCGGUGUUGACUUCUAAUUCCCUGGUGGGUCUGUAUCUGUUCUCACGUGUUUACCUAAGGAGGGAAUGUGAUGACACAAGCCUCUGAGGUCAUCGUUUGCCAACGCUGAGCCCAUCCUUGGCUGUGUUUUGGAGUCUGUGUCUUGGAAACCAGCUGUUGUCUAGUGGAGAAGGUCAUGGAACUUUCCCUCUACUGGCUGGGGAGAACUCAAAUAUUUGAAAACUGGCUUAUGGAGGAAGAGUUUGAGGCCUAAUCCUGAGGAAUAUCACAAGAGAAGGGUGGGGUUCGGGGCUUCUUGCCACUUGUUUUCCCUCUGUUGUUCCAAGUGCUUGGGGCAGUUUCAAUGAUUCUGCAGAUGACCGUACCAGAAGGAACUGGAGGGGAUGUAGGGGGAGUGGAAGAAUUGGGAUCUUUUGCCCUUUAGGCUUCUCACCAAUUUGGCUCUUUGCCCCAAAGAGAUUGGCAAGUAGCCAGUGUAGACUCUUAGUUCCUCAUGUGUGUGUGUGUGUGUGUGUGUGUGUGUGUGUGUGUGUGUGUGUGUGUGUGUGUGUGUGUGUGUGUGUCUGUGUUUAUGUGUGAUCUGGAACUUGGAGAGUAGAGGUUUUGGGUAUAGCCUCUAGAAUUAGCUUGAGGGACUUCUUUAGGGAAGUAGAUGAGGGAACAACUAGUUCUUUGCACAGAUUUGGGAGGAACCUUGAUGGAAACAUACUCUUCCUGAGGGCCAUUUUCUGCAUGAAAAAUCUAGGGGGAAUCCCUAGGUUUGGAUAUCCUCAUCUCAAGAACACCUGAGUCCACUGGCUUGCUUGUCUACCAGACCCUUGUUCUCUUUGGCCUUGAUACACAGGUCCAGUUUGUAGUAAGGAUCCCUAGAAACCAAGGACCAUUCAGGGUACCAUUCAGAGAUCUUCUCUCCCAGAGAGAAUCGCUUGGGUAGGGGUAGGACUUUGACCAAAUGGCAUUUGCCGUUAAUACACUUUUCUCUUAACAAAGAGAGUUUGGUCUUUCCCUCAUCAUGCCAAGAGGGAGCUAAUGGUAUUAAAAAUCUUCUUUAGACCGUUCUGAAGUAGGCUGUUGUGUCCAGAAGUGCUCAUCAUGUUGAUAAUAUAUUUAUGCCAACAGAAGCUGUUAGAUUUCUCACUGGUGCGUGAGAUUUGUCCCCAUACUCCUUGCUCCUAAGUAUCCUUUAUUGACUUAACCCUUAACCUUAAUGGCUCCAGGGAUGGAGCACGAUCUCUAAUCCAGGCUACUGUCCAGUAGGUCCUUUGCAGUCUAUUCUAAACACCCUUCAAUAUAUAGACAGAGCCAUGGGGGUUUCAGCACCAUUCUUGCCCAAGGCUGUGAAGUCUGGCAUUCAAGAGAGGGGCCUGGCUUUGGUGCCAAGAAGGAACAAACUCCAGUUAUGUGCCUUUGGUCUCAUGUAUGAGGCUGGGAAUUGUAUUGUUUGCCCAAAGGGUUUUUGGUCUUUUUUUUUAAUGGAAACUUGAUUAUUUUAUUGUUAAUUUAAAUAAAUGAGUUUAUAUUGAUUGACAGAAUGCCUUCUCUUUCCCUACUGUCCCCUAUGGAUGACCAGUGCUAAGUAUUCCACCAUGAUGAAUGCUAUUUUCAGGUUUUGUUCAAAUCCUACAUGUUCUGGUACAAUGAGACUGGACUUGAACUCAAAUUAGUGCCUGGUUUAUAUGGGUGUCCUGCUAGGUGCUGGGGAAUGCAAAGAUUAAAUGACAGACCCUGCCCUCUGCGAGCUUAUAGUACCCUUGCAGUAGGAAUAGAAUGAGGUGCAGAUGUGAGAUAUUUGGGAGCCCGUUGAUAGAUUCUGAGCCUGAGUGACUAGAUUGAUGUAAUCUGUGUCAACGAAAACAGAGAAUUUGUGGGGAAGGGAGAUUUCUCUGCCAAGUUUUGACAUUUUGACAGUGGCACAUCCUGGUGGGGAUAGCUAAUAGGCGGUAAUUGAAGAAGGUCUGAAGCUCUGGGAAAAACUGAGAAUAAAGAUCUAGACUUGGGAGACAACUACAUACAGUUGGCCGUGGCAGCCGUGGAAAUGGAUGAGGUGAUCAAGGAGAGUGUAGGGGGACUGAAGAUGGCCAGGAUACAGCCUUGGGGGAAAAUUACAUUUAAUGGGUAGGAGCUAAUGUGCCAGAGGAGAGUGAUGGGCCUCAGAAAAUCAGGAAGACCUGCCCCAGACUCUUAGUAUUUAUAUAGCCUUGGGAAUGUCUUGAGCUUAGGUUCCUCCAUCUGUAAAGGAGGAUGUUGAAGUAGAUGCCUCUGAAGGUGUUUCUAGCUCCAACUCUAGCAUCCGUAUCAUUUGUCUUGGGCUUUCCGUGCUUGGAGUAAAGUGCUCAAUGGCAGCACCUUGAGUUCCAAAAGCCAGUUCCAUCUUUGUUCUCUCCUUCCUCCUCUACUAGCUUAGUUGCCCUGAGAUGCCCAUAGAGCUCCCUUUGUUCAAUGGUAUCCUGUUGCUUCUUUGCUUUUUCUUCCCUUCUCUUGGAUGAGCAGAAGAAGAUUAUGAUCAUGAUUUGCUGCGUUAUCCUCGCCAUCAUCUUGGCCUCCACCAUUGGGGGCAUCUUUGCCUGAAAGCCCACUUUGACCUUGACCACCUGCCUCAGGUGAGCCCUCUAAGGGGAGGGGAUGGAGAAGCAGCGUCUCUUCCAUGACUGAAUGGACUGGACUUCCAUUUGGCUGGAUGGUCUGGUGGCAGUCACCAUCAGGUGAUACAGAUGGGAGGUCUGGGUAUGGAACCUGAUUCUUGGGUCCUCGGAUAUUCAUAGAAGGAUGCCUUGUUGAGGAUGACCUACUCUCAUGGAGGGAGUAUCAAGCAAUCCACCAGCAAUUAUUCAAUUUAACUGUGUCAGGCACUAUGCCAAGUGCUGAGACUACAAAGACCAAAAUGAAAGUUCCUGCACUCAAGGAAUUAAAACCCUACAGUCAGAGAAAUCUUUCAAAUGGGGGAAAAGGGUGGACUGGUGAGAAUGAAAAGAGCAAUAAAGUCCGGGGAUAGUGGAGACAGAUGCCAAGUGGCUGUGUGGUCCAAUGAAAAAGGCAUCACUUAGGUUGGUUGGCCUGGAGUCUGGUUUUCAAUGUCCAGGCCUGUUAUCUAUGUACUGCAGGUAAGUCAUCUUCUCUGGUCUUCUGCUCACUUGCAAAAUGGUCAUUCUUUAUUCGGCAAGCUUGAUGCACGCAGGCAUUGGGGACAAAAGUGAAAGCAGUCCUUGCCCUCAAGGAGCUUGCAUUUGGGGGGCAAACAGUACAAGCCUAGCAGGGGAUAGUAGUAUUUACCUUCUAAUCAAAGAAGGAAAGGUGGUCAACUUUGGGAAGAAAGUAGGCCCAAGGUGACAUUUUAAUUUCUGCCAGAAAGUUUCUCACUUUGGGAUAUUUCAAAGGAAUUGGGACCAAGUGUUACUAAAUCAACCCUACCCAGUUGGGAUUUAGCAAUACUGACGGACAUUGCUGCUAUUUCAUGAUUUCAGCCAGCUUUGCUCGUUUUUUUUCCCUUCCUUUAGAUGGAUCCUGGAUGAACAUUUCAGUUCCUCUUUCCAACCUUGUGGAUUGCAGAUGUCUCAGUCACUCCGCCUCUCCUUUGAGAAGUUCUGAUUGGUGGCACCGGACAACCACCAGCCAAAUGUCUACUUUUUUCAUUUUGUAUUCUGUUAGAAGCUUGGAGGGCCAGGAUCCAGAAACCCACUGGACUCCACAUGGGGAACUGGCUGCAGGGGAGGUUGAGGGAAAAGUCAGUCAGGCUGGUUGGACUCAAGUUACUCCUGGGAAAUGGAUAGUGGAAGAGAUAGGCAGUUAGGCUCAAUAAGAAAGGACAUCAGAUAGGCCUCUGGAUAGCUCUAUGGGCUCUGUACCUUUUACACUAUGGGUCAAAUGUAAGCCUUCACAACAGCUCCAACUUCAGAAGGACCUUGGGACCAUGGAAAGAGAGCUGGUUCUCAAGCAAAGGACCCAAGUUCAAAUCCCACCUCUGACCCUUGCUAUUAGUGUGAUGUUGGGCAAAGUGCUACUUCUCUGGACCUGAGUUCACCCAUCUAUAAAAUGAAGGCCUCAGAGAUUUCUUCUAGUUCUUGACCUAUGUGUGAUCAAUCUCGUUUAACUUUAUUUAGGGUAAUUUCUGUUGCCAUUAACCUCUUCUCCCCAUCUUCCGCCGCUAUCCCAUGGCCCACUUGUUUCAGUUAAUGAUGCAAGAUGAAUAGAAGAGAUUCUUUAAGAAGUGGUAUCUGCAGCCCCCUCUCUUUUUGGAUUAGCCAAGCAUGCCUGCACCCCGAUCUAGGAGAUGAAGAGACGGAGGCUCAGGCUCUUGUGUUGUUAAGACAGUGUUAGGAUGACGGUUUUUCUUUAGUUAACUGGGAAUAUAGUGUUCCUUUGGUUCUGAAGGUGGAGCAGGUUCUUUUCCUUGGGGGACGUGGAUUUAUAGCAAUCCAUAAUAAUGUCUUGCUAGUGUGGCUAUUGGAUAGAGUGCAGAAGUCUUGAGAAUCAGGAGCCACUGGGCUUGAAUUCUCUUAGAAACUUCCUAACCUUGGACAAGUCACAAUCUCUGAACUGAUGACCUCGGAGGUCUCUUCCAGGUCUCACUGUAUGAAAGAAACUGUUCUGUCAUCCUAUGGCUCCCCCUUGUGACUAAUGGCCUUUUUAGAAAAUGAACUGCUAUUGUUGGGGGGCGGGAGAGGCUUUAGUAAAUAGGAAAACGCCCAAUAAACAGAGCAAAACAAACCAGCUUAAUCUGGGACUAAAUCCAUAACUUGGGUCUUGUUGCUAGUCUUUUUUUUUUCCUUUUAACUUUUACUUUGUUUUAGUAGUAAACAUUUAAGACAGAAGGACAAGGGUUAGGCAAACACAGCUAGGAAAUGUCUGAGGCCAGAUUUCAGUUUCUUUUGACUCUAGGCCUGAAGCUCUAUCCAUUGUGCCAUCUAGCUGUCCCCAUAAUGUAGUCUUAUCUGAGACAGCCAGUUACAGAGAACUGGAUUAUAGAUCUAAGAGACCUCAGAUUCCUUCAUUUUAUAGAUGAAGAAAUUGAGGCUGAGAGGUGAAGCAAAUUGCCCUGGGUCACACAGCUCCCAAGGGUCUUUUUUGGUUAAUAAAACACUUGUUUGGGUUUUGGAUAUUCAAAAUAAUGAAUUUUUCUUGAAUCCCAAAAGCUUAUUCAAAAAGAUUAUAUACAUAUAUUGUCUUCAAGUGUUGAUUUAAUUCAAUCUUUAGAUUAAGAGCUAUAAGGGAUUUUAGGCCAAUUUAACUUCCUCAUUUUACAGAGGGGAAACUGAGGCUCCUGGAGGUCAGGUGGUUUGCCUGAGGUCAUACAAUCCUUCUAAGCAGCAGAGAUAAGGUUUGGGCCCAGAUCCUGACUCCACAUUGAGGGAGGGAAUGUUCUUGUCCUUGUACCUGGCUGCCUCUACUUAGGACCUAGUAGCAGACUGAUGAUGUUGCUUCCUUCCUUCUAUGACUUGUCUUCCAACCUCUUCCCUGCUGGCAACAAAAGUUGACCUUGUUGAUCAGCAAUUUGGUGUGUAGCCAUAGAAGGAAAGCCUUUAGUUCCCACUUGUGGCCCCAAGGUCUUCCAGCCACAUGAGGCCAUGAGUAGGGACUUCCAAGAUAAUUCAUCUACAGAAACGGGAUUGUUUGUUAUGAAAGGUUCCGCUGCAGGGUACCUUAAGGAGCUGUUCUUGUGCAUUUUGGUAAGAUGGUCACCCACUCUUGGAGUAGAACUCAUAAACUGAAGGGUUUAUAUCUCAAGGCUCAAGUAAGCUGAUUUGGGGGAAGAGGCAGAGUGCUGGGGUUGAGGGAGACCUGGGGAAAUAGUAGCUGUGUGUCCAGUCACUUAACGUCAUCUUGAGUCUGCUUCCCACCUGUACAAAAAGGUGAUAGACUAGUCCAAGUCCAAGGUCCUCUGUCUCUACCCUUAGCUUUCUCUGCGGAGACAUCCACAAAACUUAAAUUUCCAGAAUCUGAAAGUCUGGCACUUAAAUAUCAGAUUUGUGCCAUCUACAUCAAAUGUGCUGUUCUCCCCUCCUACUUGAACAUCUAGUGGUUCUGAAUUCCUUUAGUUCUGGGGGGGUGGAGGGUAUUCACUCAGCCCCCGAAUCACAUGGUAGACUGAGGGCAUUACAGGCACAAAAGCAGGAGCUGCCAGUGAUACCACACGGAAUUAUAUAUUUUGAAUCAACAAACACGGUGAUUGUAUGAUGCAGUGUGCUAAGGGAUAGGAAGACAGAAAAUUAAAGGUGAUUGUGUAAGAUUAUGGAUCCUGUCGUUUACGAAGAGUUUAGGGUCUAAGCGGGUAGCUUAGAAUCUAGUAACGGAACUGAUCUCAGGGUUAGAUGGAUGAACACAAACGUCUAACCCUGUUCCUUUUAAGAUAUUCAGCCCUCCUGGCCUUUCUGUUCUAUCUCACUGAGAUUAAGUCUAGAAGGACUAGUUUGGCCUAGAUAGCGGAAUAAUUUCUCUGUUGCUGUAUCAAAUAUACAGUUGUCAAGUAUGUGAAUUUAACUAAUAAAGUCACAUCGAGUGAA